AUGAAUUACAAGGAGAAACUUGAAGAAGGAUACUCUAUCCAACGUCCACCUAUGUUCAAUGGUAAGUUUUAUGCUUACUGGAAGAACAGGAUGGAGAUAUUCAUCAAGGCUAAAAAUUACCAGGUUUGGCGUGUAAUUGAAACUGGUGAUUUUGAAAUAACUCAAACCAAUGACAAACAUGAGGUAGUUUCUAAACCCACUUCUGAUUAUGAUAAAGAAGAUUAUCAGAAACUUGAAAUGAAUGCGUUAGCUAUAAAGUAUCUGCACUGUGGACUUGGACCCCAUGAACAUAAUCGUAUCAUGGGAUGCAAGCAUAUUCCUAUUGAUGAACAGGCAAGGAAGAUCUUAAGAAGCCUUCCACAAGAUGAACGCUGGAGAUCCAAGGUUACUGAUAUGCAGGAAGCUAAGGACUUCACCAAGUUUAACAUGGAACAACUAGCUGGAUCAUUGAUGACUCAUGAACUUCAUCUGAGUUCCAAUACUGAAAGUUCCAGAAAUAAAAGUUUGGCUCUCAAGGCUCAAGACUCAGAAGAAUCAGAAGUUGAUGAGGAAGAGAUGGCUAUGCUAGUGAGGAAAUUUAAAAAUAUGAUGAAAAAUAGGAAGUUCGACAGGAACAAGAAGUACACAAGUUCCAGAAAUACAACGUGUUUCAAGUGUGGAUUAAAGGAUCAUUUUAUCAAAGAUUGUCCUGUUCAGGAUGGAGAGAAAGGAAAGACUAAAGGCAAGGAGCAAUCCAAAGAGUCAAGAGUCUAUAAGCCUUACUUCACCAAGGACAAUGUUAAGAAGGCUAUGUUGGCUGCUUGGGAAGAUACAGAUUCAGAAGAAGAAGAAGAGGACCAACCAUCAGAGGAGACUGCUCAUCUGUGCCUAAUGGCAAAAACGGAUGAAGCUGCCAAACUAAAGGAGCUUGAGGCUGAGGUAUGGUUCUCUUACAAUCAAUUAAAACAUUUGUCUAAAGAGAAUCUAAUAAAUACUGUUUUGGAAAUUCAAGAAGAUUUAAAAGAAUUGCAUAGAUCCAAACAGCUAAGUGAUAAAGCUUUGGUAACUUACAAAGAGAACAGUGAAUGGGUUGAUAACAUGAAGUUUGACAUUCAAUACAGGUUCUUCAGUCUGUUUGAUGACAAUAAAAUUUUAAAAGAGACUCUAGAGAACUUAAAACAAGAUAACAUACUCUUGAAUGUAGAAUUGUCUUUGUUAAAACUAAGUGUUGAUACUCCUAACUCUGAAGUUCCUCCACCUACUGAUUAUCCGAAUUUUGAAAAAUUAAAACAUGAUUUGGAAGAGUUAAAACGGAUAAGGCACGUCUUGAGGGGGAACUUGAGAGAGCUAGGAAAGGUUAAGUGUCCUAAGAAAGAACAAAGCACUCUGAAGAAUGUCAAACAUGUAGAACAAAUCUGGGUUAAGAAAAAUGAAUCAACUCUUGUUACACAGGAACCCAAGGAAACCUUGGUUCCUGACUCUAACGUUUAA